GUCCCUGCCAUUUUUAUUGUCACUGGUAAAUUACUACACUUUUCUUUUGUUUUUCACCCUAUCAAUUCUUGCUUACCCAAAACUCCACCACCUAUGUGAGCUCCGCAUAGUUAGUUCUACGUCUCGAUAAAGGAGAAAAGUUACGGUGUAGGCAUUCAGCAAGAGAGUAAAUUCUAUAAAUUGUCACAAAUUUUAUUGACCUGCAAUCAUGAGUGGCAAAAUGUCAGGACCUCUUGAACGACCAGUCAGGCCAAGUAUGGAAAAUAUUGAUAUUGAAAACACUGAGGAGGAGAGGAAGCCAAGGCUUGGGUCAUUCAAGAAAAAGGCACUUAAUGCCUCCAACAAAUUCAGACAGUCUCUUAAAAAAACUGGCCGGAGAAACAGUAGAGUCAUGUCUGUUGUCUUCGAGGAUGAACAUGACGCUGAGGAAUCAAAGGCAGUUGAUGCCUUCCGUCAAGCACUUAUCCUGGAGGAAUUACUUCCUGCUAAACAUGAUGAUUAUCAUAUGAUGCUGAGGUUUUUGAAGGCCAGAAAAUUUGAAUUAGAGAAAGCAAAGCAGAUGUGGUCUGAUAUGCUUAAUUGGAGGAAGGAAUUUGGUGCAGACACUAUCAUGGAGGACUUUGAGUUCAAGGAAAAAGAGGAGGUCGUCAAGUACUAUCCUCAAGGGCAUCACGGAGUUGACAAAGAUGGAAGACCAGUAUAUAUCGAAAGAAUUGGUCAAGUAGAUUCUACCAAGCUCUUGCAAGUCACAACAAUGGACCGUUAUCUCAAGUACCACGUGCAAGAGUUCGAGAGGACUUUCAAUGACAAAUUGCCAGCUUGCUCCAUUGCAGCCAAAAAGCAUAUUGAUACAAGCACAACUAUUUUGGAUGUACAAGGAGUGGGACUUAAGAAUUUCAACAAAUCAGCAAGGGACCUCCUUCAAUGCAUCCAAGGGAUUGAUGGUAACAAUUAUCCUGAGAGCUUGUGUCGUAUGUAUAUCAUCAAUGCUGGUUCUGGAUUCAGGCUUUUGUGGAACUCUGUCAAGUCAUUCCUUGACCCAAAGACGACUGCAAAGAUCAACGUUCUUGGUAACAAGUACCAGAGCAAAUUGCUUGAAAUAAUUGAUGCCAGUGAACUUCCAGAAUUCUUAGGUGGUACAUGUACUUGUGCUGAAAAAGGAGGAUGUAUGGUUUCUGAUAAAGGCCCGUGGAAUGAUCCAGAAAUAAUGAAGAUGGUUCACAGUGGCAUGCAUAAAUGCUCAAAGAAAAGUGCCAGUCCAGCAGUUGAUGAGAAAACAAUUUCCGAGGAUGGCAAUGCCAUUCCGAAGGAAGCAAAGAAGAGCAAUUCCAUUAAAAUGAGAACUGCCUCUUCCAAAGUCCAAAGGGAUCAUGUAUCUCAUAUGCAGCUCUCCACUGUCCAUGAGGAAGUUGAAGUAAAGAAAAACCUCCCUAGUGCAUAUGAUUCUGAUAAGUGCAUCCCUGUGGUGGACAAAGUAAUUGAUUCAACUAUGCCUAAAGCUACAAAAGCCGACAACUAUGCCAUUGCAAAAGCUUCAGAUUUCUUACCAAUGCACGAUAUUUCUAAGUCACCCGAAGGAUUUAGCAACCACCUUUUCACUGGAGUGAUGACAUUCGUGAUGGGGGUCGUGACAAUGGUCCGAAUGACACGCAAUAUGCCAAGAAAGCUUACGGAUUCGACCCUCUUGUCAGGUUCCCUAAAGGGCGUUGACAUGGUUAAACCACAAGCUCAAGAAUAUCGGUUGAAUGGACCUGCCAUCUCGAAUAAUGAGUACUUUAGCAUGAUGAAACGGAUGGGAGAGCUCGAGGAGAAGGUCAUUACUCUUAGCAACAAGCCUAGUGCCUUACCACCUGAGAAAGAGGAAAUGCUCAACAAUGUCAUGAGUCAUGUUGAUAAAUUGGAACAAGAGCUUUGUGCAACCAAGAUGGCACUUGAGAAAGCCCUUGCUCGUCAAGAGGAGCUCUUAGCCUACAUUGAGAAGAAGAAGAAAAAGAAGAACUUCUUUGGUUUCUAAGUGCGGAAGCCACAACAAGAAAUGCUGCUUGAAUGGCACGCCAUGCUUAUUAAGUUCACCAUGUUAACUUCAAUGUAAGCUUAUUGUAAAUGAUCUGAUAGAGGCUUUGCUCUAGUCCACUUCGGCGAGAUUCACAUUCACCAGCAACUUCUUUGUGAGCUCUAAUAGUAAUAUACUCUGUAUAUUACACAUUCAGUGGCUUGCAUUUUUGGUUCUUAGUUUUCUGUAUAUAAGGAUAAUAGCGGUUUGCAUUAGUUCUAAUUGUUGCCUUGCAAAGAUAGAGCUACUUUUGUUGUUUAAGAUAGUCUCCAUCUUGCUUCUCGUGUGUCAAAGAUAUUUUGUUUCUUUUAAUCCAUCUUCUACCUCCUUUUCUUUGAUUA